CCUGAGCACACCUGUUGGACCACGUGCAAUCAAGGGCAGGUGUUUGGAGGUUGUGAGGGGAAGAAGAGAAGCCAGGUGACGCAGGUAAGUAACAAGAGGGAAAGAAGAAGAGAGAAGAGAGAAAAGUGUGAAGAGACUGAAGAGGAGAAGAGACACAUUAAGAAGAUAGAAACUUGUGUAGAAGAGAAAAAGAAGAGAGAACAAGAGAGGAAGAAAAGAGGAGUCUGUGCAGGAGAGAAGAAGGAAAAAGAAGUGUUUGUAGAAGUGAAGAAGAGAGAAACGAACACAGAAGAUAAGGAAGUCUGUGUAGAAGAGAAAAAGAAGAGAGAAGAAGCAGAGAAGAAGAAAACAAAAGUGUGCGUUCAGAAGAGGAACAGAGAAACGAAAACAGAACAGAAGGAAGUGCUUGUAGAAGAGCACCAUCGAAGGGCAGUGUGUGAAGAGAACUCCCAGGCGUGUGAAGAGCCCCAGCAGUCGUGGCAGGAUCAGGCAUGGAGGAUCACGGUCGUUUGUGUACUUGCUGGCUGUGUCGAAGCAAAGGGUUAUCGAACAGCAGAACAACAACAGCUGACGGGACCCCACACCUCCUCCUCUCCUCCUCCUCCUCGCACCCCUCCUCCCCUCGCUCCUCCUUCCCACACUCCUCCUCCUCCCCAUUCUCCUCCUGGAGUGAUCGACAGUGAUGGGGAGUACCUUUUGGUGGAGGCGGCCGACCACCUCCCGCCCUGGGCCAACCCGGAAACAGCGAGCCAAAGGGUGUACCUCUACGGCGGGAAGGUGCAUCUCAUCCCCGUGGCCGAGUCCCCCGCCUCCCUCAGCCCCCUACCCAGAGGCACGCCCACCGUCGCCCACGCCGUCAGCACCGUCAACAGGCUCCCAGAGAUGACCCUAGCGCCGCCAGCCGUGCAGGGAGCCAUCACCGACAGGCUUAGCGGGUACCCCGGCCGCAUCAGCAAGGAACAACAUGUAGCCCACGCUUAUGUACCCGUGGGCGUGGCGGCGCUGCUGAGAGAGUACCCGACGCUGCUGGGGCCCGCCGUGCACGCCUUCUGCUCCCGGGACGCCCUCGACAACAAGGUGCUUAGAGUGAUGCGACACUUCCCGCCUGAGACCAGAGUGACCACGGCCGUCCGCUUCAGCAAGGCCCUGUACGCCCAGCUGGCAGCCCACCGCUACACCCCGGACCCUAGAGUGGGAUGGGACCUACCACUGCUGACCAACCAGGGCUACAAGGUGCACGAUAUUGGCAUGAAACUGGCUUGCGGGUUUGAGAUCUUGGUGUGCAGUGCUGGAGGUGUCACCCCCACCACGCCCACCACCACCUCAGCCCCCACGCAGCCCCAUGCAGCCCCUGACCCCCGCUGGCUGCGCUACCACAAGGCGCUGAUGGAGAAGGGAUAUUACAGGGGUGAGCUUGAGGGAUCCCAGCUGUACAAGGCCCUGGAGGACAACGCACGCCAGUACUUUGAGAGCCACGUGGUGUCGGGUCAGGCCAGCCAGGAUGGGGAGGACCUCACUGUGGGCGCCAUGGUGGUCAAGCUGCUCUCCAAGGUCAACAUGGACCAUGAGUUCUACAAGGAGAGGUCAACGCGCCUCAUCCCUGCUGAUGACGACAGCUGGCUGCAGAUCACACCCGACGCGCUGGACGACCUCCUGGAGAGCAAGUACGGCAAGCAGGGUGUCCCGCGCGGCGCCACAGAGAAGGAGAUGAUGGACUCCCUCAGUGCCUUCAUGGGCCACAUGUCGGACGUGGAUGGAGCCGAGGUGCCCCAGCGGAAGAUGUCUACGCUCUCCACGCCCAAGAGGAAGGGCGGCAAGAAGCUGUCCACCUCCCUCCUUGGCCAACACCACCUCAGGAAGGUCUCGGCGCAGUCCAAUGCCUCGGAUGUGUCAAACUGCUCCGAGAUGUCAUCAUUCUCCAACAAGGUGGACUUCAACGCCGAGGCCUUCAGCGACGCCAUGGCUAACAUUCUCGAGUCUGGCGUGCCUGAGGAUGACUACUGGUGCGGCUCCGAUGAUGACUCUUCGGGCAUGAGCAGCUACGAGGGGGAGGAGGGCGCGGACGUCUCCCUCAGCCGCAAGUCCUCCAACACCUCCUCCACCUCCUCCUCAUCCUCCACCUCUAAGGGAAACCAGAUGAGGCAGUACAUGAAGCAGAUGGAGGAGGAGCUGGCAGGGACCAAGAUAGCCGACACCCUCACCCCUGCCCCUGCCCCCUCUGCCGCCCCUGCCACAAGCUCCGAGGACGAGUUUGAUGACGUCGAGGAUUUCUGCCCCGUCAAGGUAGACCUCAAGGCUGUGCAGGACCUGGUCAAGACGUACUCGGCGCAGAACGGUCUCCCUGGUCCGGCCUCGUCCCUCCUUGGCUCUGUGGGAAUGAAGCCAAAGAACACAUAAAGAGCGAUUACUACCACUACUGCUCUGUGCCUCCUCCCCUGCCUCUGUUAACUAAGGUCAUGAGUCGCCUGCAAGUAUACGUCCUCCUAACCUGUUCCUGUUGUAUUGGCACUCACUACAUGACUGCCAGCCUGUGCCACUCACCUUCCAGUAUUUAUUUUCUCCGCUUCUGUUUAUUGAGGUCAUGUGUCGCCUACAAGUAUACAUCCUCUUAACCUGUUCCUGGUGACUAUCGUAUUGGCACUCACUACAUGACUGCCAGCCUGUGCCACUCACCUUCAAGUAUUUAUUUUCUCUGCUGUUUAUUAAGGUCAUGUGUCUCUGCUAACUAAGGUCACAUGUCGCCUGCAAGUAUACAUUUUCCUACCUUGUUCCUGAUGUCUAGCGUAUUGGCACUCACCACAUGACUGCCAGCCUGUGCCACUCACCCUCCAGUAUUCACCUUCUCUACCUCUGUUACUGCCAAAUCUAUACUUUUUUCCUAGUUUUGAGUAGCGGGCUGUUUUUUUUUAUUUUAUUUUAUUUAUUUAUUUUUUUUUUUUAUAUUGUUUCCUUUUUUUUCACGCCCUUGAACUGUCUCCUUUUCUGUGUGCAUGUUUGUGGUUGUUGCACAUUUCCUACUCCGCCCAUAUUUGUAAUCCUGUUUUCUCCUUCUAUAUGCUUUCUUCCUCCCUGUAUACAAAGGAAGAACAGCUAACUUGGAAGAGGCAUCAGUAUCUCCACCAGUGUAUAGGGGAAUGUGCAUCAAUGAUCUAUUACACCCACCUAACCAUGUAUACUAUCUGUCUGUCUGUCACAACCCUCAUAGGACAUUAUCUCAGUGCUGUGAAUUGAGAAAACAUGACCAACUCACCUUCAUAUCAAAGACGGUCAUAUAUUUUACAUGCUACUCAAUACUAUACACAAGAAAGCUUUGAAAUUUCCUUCCUCCUGUAAAUGAGUCAACCCCAAACUAACUUGAAUGGUCUGACUUGGCCUUCAGUUCCCUUCAGUCUGCCUUAAAGCAAAUGUAACUUCUCCUCCUCUGCGUACUAAGACAGGAGUUGGCUGUUGAAUUCUACCUUCUUGAAACUCCUGGGCAUAAUGUUUUCCCUCUCUCCCCCUCUCUAUUACUCUUCUUCUUCAGUAAUUCUUUCAAUGCCAAUAUUUUCUGCACAAACUACACUACACACACACUACACAGAGCCAUACACUUAUUCCUAUCUACUCUGUCUUUCCCGGUGACCACACUUGCCUACACUAGCAGAGAGGAGUGCAGGAGUGUCGGGAGCAGAUAGAAGUGUCUCAGAAAUCAAAAAGGGAGAUGGUGAGGCGAGAAGGAGGAGGUUGAGGGCUGAAUGCAGAGGCUGGAGUGUCAAGGGCAGAUGGAAGGGUCUCAGAAAUCAAAAAGGGAGCUGAGAUGAAGCUGGAAGGAGGAGAUUGAGAGCUGAAUGCAGAGGCUGGAUUGUCAGGGGCAGAUGGAAUUGUCUUGGAAGUCAAAAAAGAAGGCAAGAUGAGGCUGGCAUUGAGGGGUGAAUGUAAACUAGUGGGGUGAAGCUGAGCAGACGGCCAAGGGGUGAUGGGACAGCUAUGGGGGUGAGAGAAUGUACAAAGAAAUGGGGUGGUGAGAUCUUAGGAGGAAAAAGCAGUCCGUAUCUUUAGUUCUUAGCAGUGAAAGAAAUCCCGGGAAAUUAAAACACAUUAGGUCAUAAAAAUGGGGUUAUGGGAAGUAAACUAGAUCAGGUAAUAACAUCAUAGUGAAAAAAACACAUUGAUAAAAAACACAAAAAAUAAUCACACUCUGGUCUUCGGAAUUGGCCUGGGGAGGUGAUUUGGCUCAGCUGUGAUGUCUUUAAGUUUAGAGUGUGUGGCUCAUUUUGUGUUCAUUGUGGGUUGGUUGUCAGGAUGGGAGGUGCAGUGUGGAGAAUGUCCGUUUAUGUUCAUGUAACUAGACUUGAGAGAAAGAUAUGAAUGUGGCAGAGAGAGAGAUUGAGUCACAGUGUAUAUUACCAGUAAAAUAUCUGUGUUAAUGUAGCUAGACUUUUGUUGAGGGAGCCUGUGUGUGAGUGUGGCAGAGAGAGUGAAAGAGAGGAAGACAGUGAGAGAAAUAGAGAUAGAGGGAGAAAUCUAGAGUUACAGUGUAUGGUAUUAGAAAAAUGUGUGUUAGUGUAGCUAGGCACAUUGAGGGAGGCCUGCAUGUGUGUGACUGAGAGAGAGAGAAAGAGAAGACAGAGUGAGAGAGGGAGAGAAUGUGGGUCAGUGUGUGGUCUUAUUAAAAUGCCUGUGUGUUAGAUUUGAGUUGAGUGAGACCUGUGUUAGUGUGUCAGAGAGCGAGAGAAAGAUAGAGCGAGUGAGCGAGAGAGAGCGAGUCCCAGCGUAGGGUAUUAGUGGCAUCUCCCUCAACCCAUCACCACACCUUAUUAGUCCAUUCCGGCAUUAUUAGCUUUGUAAGGGUCGAUUUUUGUACUCCACUUUCUACAACGUGUUCUGCAAGAGGCUAUUUUGUAACUGCUUUUGAUCUUUAUGAGUAAAUAGAUUAGUUACUCCUUAGUGCUAGAUGAGUUACUGGAAAGAGAGUAGGAGAAAGAGAGAGAUGAAAAAUGGAUAAAUGAAGUGUUGUGGAAGAGUUUAUAAAUUGGAUAAAAAUGAAAAUGAAAGAAAAAGAAGUGAAGAAAGGAAUGACAUAAGAAGAAAGGAAAAGGAAAGAAGAAAGAGAGGGAUGAAAAAUGGAUAAAUGAGUGUAGUGGAAAAGUUUGUAAAUUGGAUAAAAAUGAAAGAGAAGAAGAAAGGAAUGGUAUAAGUAAGGAUGAGUUAGUGAAAAGGGAGAAAGGAAAAGGAAAGAAGAGAGGAAUGAUAAAUAGAUAAAUGACUGUAUUGAAAAACUUUGUAAAUUAGAUAGAAAUGAAAAUGGAAGAAAGAGAAGAGAAGAAAAGAAAGGAAUGACAUAAGUAAAAAUGAGUUAAUGAAAGGGAAGAAAGAAAAGGAGAAAUGAUAAAGAGCUAAAUGAGUGUCGUGGAAACUUUGUAAAUUAGAUAAAAAUGAAAAUGAAAAUGAAGAAAGGAAUGGUGAGUGCAGCCUCCUAGUAUUACGUUUUAACUUAUUUGUGUGUUACUGUAGACACGGACACUGUGGCGACGGCUGAGGUGCUGCAAACCUUAUGUAACGAUGAUUAUGUUUGGUUGCAUUCGUUUCUCGGACAAUCACUAAAUGUAUUGCAAUAGUUAUUUUAUUUUUCUUUGUUAUUGGUUUUUAUGGUUAAGGAAAUGGCUGAGGGAUGUAAAUGAGGAAGUCCACUAAUCAAUGCCCCUGGAAAAGUAACAGGAGUAAAGAGAAAAGUAAACAGAAAAGUAAGACUAAAAAGUAAAGAGAAGAGUCAACAGGAGUGGCCAGAAAAGUAAAGAGAAAGGAGUAAAAAGUAAAACAGAAAAGUAAAAAGUAAAACAAAAGUAAAACAAAAUGAAAAAGUAAAACAAAAGUAAAACAGAAAAUGAAAAAGUAAAACAGAAAAGUAAAGAGAAAAGUAAGAAGUAAAACAGUAAAGUCAACAAUGCCCAGAGGAGAGGUCAGUUUCAGACGCGUACUCCCCCUAAUACUCCCUCGUUUGACUCUAUAAUUGCAACUCAGUCCUAUGCAUCGUGACUCACUACAUUAUAUUUUGUCAGCUGUUCCAUUGUCUCCGUGUUUAAGGUCAUUGGUGGGAGCGCUUCACUAAUGUCCGAGGUGGUGGCUGUCGUCCCCUUAAACCUCAGUCUCAAGUUUUGGUGUUCUGAUAUUUUAAACUUAAGGACGUAACUAUGAUAUUUUUGCACACUUUUCUACCUUGCUUUAGCGUUUAAGGAAUCCUGCAAUAUUUUACUGUAUGCGCUUUUUUUUUUUGGUGUAUAUUCAUAAAUUCUCAUAUUAUCACAUAUCAUUUAUUAUUAUUAUUGUUAUAUGGAGUCUAUGCAUAUGGUUUUGAGUGCCUUGAUUUACGUUACUCAAUAUCUACAGUUUUAUCUUUGUUUUCUUUUGGUUAUUAUGAUUUUUUACUUUUUUUCUUUUGGUUGUUGAGAGUUCAUAUUUCUUUAUCUCAUUUUUUUGGUUGUCGAGAGUUCAUAUUUCUUUAUCUCAUUUUUUUGGUUGUCGAGAGUUCAUAUUUCUUCAUCUCUUCUUUUUUUGGUUGUCGAGAGUUCAUAUUUCUUUCUCUUUUUUUUGGUUGUCGAGAGUUCACAUUUCUUUAUUUUUGGGGGUUGUCGAGAGUUCAUAUUUCUUUAUCUCUUUUGUAUUUGUUUGUUGAGAGAAUUCAUUUUUCUGCAUCACCUUUUUUUUUGGUUGCUGAGAGCGUAAGAGUUUGCUUUGUCUCAGUGGGAGGGACACGGACCUAAGCCUGCAAUGUACAUACACUCAACAUUAUAAAAGUCAUAUCAAUCUGUGUCUAUUCUUAAGCUUCCAAUGAUAUUAACUCGGAGCCGUGGAGAGAGAGAUGAGAUGAGACGAGACGAGUCAGCUAUAGGAAGAUAGGAGUAAAUGGUGUGUGUGUGUAUGUGUGUCCGUCACGGCUCGAGUCCGCACAUUGUAUCUUUGCCUCCACUUUUAUUACCUGUUUGUGGCAAUAUUAAAGGUACAUGCAUGA